AUUAAGAAAAUUCUUGUACCCCUUUGAGAAUGUAAUGCCAUGGCUCCUCCGCAUUCGCAAGCUAUGCACUCUCGUCUCCGGCGAUGCGAUCGGCGACCGCGCCCGCGAUCGCGAUGUCCAGCUCCUGGUCUCGCAGAUCCGAGCUUGCGGCAUGGCGGGGAGCCUUGCGCGGGGCAAGAGCAUCCACGCCCACAUCCUCCACACCCGGCCGGAGCUCUCGCGGGACCGAUACCUCGCCAAUUUCCUCAUCCAGAUGUAUGGGCGAUGCGGCAGCGUGGAGGACGCGCGCUCCGCCUUCGAUCGCAUCCAAGAACCCAACGUCUUCUCCUGGGGCGUCUUGAUCGUGGCAUAUGCCCACAAUGGGCAUAUGCGCGAGGCGAAGAGAUCGUUUGAUUCCUCCCCCCAGCGCAACGUUUUUCUCUGGAACUCGACCAUCUCGGGGUUCGCACAGUGCGGCCACAUCCAGGAAUCGCGAGCAAUCUUUGAAAGGAUCCCGGCGCGCGAUGCUUGCUCGUGGAACUCGGUCGUCCAGGCGUAUGCCCAGAUUGGGGAUCUUGCCCAGGCGAGCGAGCUGCUGGAUCGAAUGCCGCAAAAGGAUCUCAUCUCUUGCAAUGCGAUGAUCGCGGCUUACGCCCAAGGAGGAGAAGUCUGGCGAUCAAAAGAGGUUUUUGAUGUGAUGGAGAGGAGGGAAGUGGUGUCGUGGAACAGCCUCAUGUCUGGGUUUUCACAGAACAAGUAUUACAAGGAAGGAAAACUCGUGUUUGAUCUCAUGCCCGCGUGGAGCAUCGUUUCGUGGACGGCUCUGAUCCAGUUCUUUGCCAGGAACGGGAAUCUCGAGGAAUCAAAAUAUACUUUCGACAGAAUGCCCGAGAGGAAUCAAACUUCUUGGAAUGCAGUCAUGUCGGCCUAUGCGCAGAACGGCUGCUUAGAAUAUGCUCUAAAUAUUCUCGAGAAGAUGCCCGAGCAAGACGUGGUGUCCAAGAACACGCAGUUGUCAGUAUAUGCCCAAUCGGGGCAUCUGGAGAGAGUAAAAAGGCUUUUUGAUUCAAUGGAUUGCGAUAACCCUCUCACGCUAAGCACAAUUCUUCACGCGUAUGGAGACGCACGUAACUUUGAUGCUAUGAAGGAAAUAUUUGAGAAGAGGCCGUACAGGAAUCGAAUUACCUGGACAGCCAUGGUGACGGCAUAUGCCUCAAAUGGGCAUAUCCCGGAAUCGAAGAGAAUGUUCGACAAGAUGCCCGAGCAUGGAAUCCUCGCUUGUAAUUCCAUGCUGGCUGCUUACUCUCAGGAAGGUCAUCUUAAAGAAGCCAAGGAGACAUUUGAUAAGAUGCGCGAGCACAAUGUGGUUUCGUGGACGAGCAUGGUUCAAGCCUACGCUCAAAACAAGCACUUGGACGAGGCAAAAGCCACUUUCGAUCAAAUGCCCGACAAGGAUUCCAUCUCUUGGACAAACAUGAUCACGGCUUACACGCAGUGUGGUUGCCUGGACGAAGCUAAAGCAAUGUUUGAGGAUAUGAGAAACCGGGGGAUUUACUCGUGGACGGCCAUGCUCACUGGCUAUGCUCAAAGCUCCAACUUGAGUGUUGCGAGGAGAGUUUUCGAUCGAGUUCCACAGCGAAAUGUUGUGACUUGGAACGCGAUGAUCAGUGCGUACUCGCAGGGUGGUCAUGUUGCUGAUUCUCGUCUGCUGUUCGAGCAAAUGGUGGAUCGCAACAUCGUGUCUUGGAACGCAUUGAUCUCUGGAUAUGCGCAAAAUGGCUUCGUAGCCGAAUCGAGGAAGGUUUUUGAGCUCAUGCCCGAGCAGGACAUGGUAACUUGGUCGAGCAUGGUGGCGGCUUACGGCCAAAGUGGUCGUAUCGAGGAGGCCGAGCAAGUGUUUCAUCGCCUCCCGGAGCACGACACCAUCUCUCUCACGACCAUGGUUGCUGCUUACGGCCAAAACCUGUGCCUCGGUAAAGCAAAAUGUCUUUUUGAUGGGAUUCCCAGGCAGGACUUGAUCGCUUGCAACGCGAUGAUCGCUGCCUACACCCAGAACGGCUGCCUGGAGCAAGCAAAAUCCAUGUUUGAUCGCAUGACCGUGCUGAGCUCCUUCACCUGGAACGCCAUAAUCUCGGCUUACGCUCACUCAGGCCAAGGCAAGGCCGCCAUCGAGCUCUUCAAGCAGAUGUGUCUUGGAGGCGAGCAAAUGGACGAGAUUUGCUUCGUGAGCGUCCUCACGGCAUGUACCCGAGUCGGGCUCCUCGGCGAGGGGCUGAAGUAUUUCCUCGUCAUGCGCGGCGACUACAAACUUAAGCCGGCUGGCGAGCACUACUGCUGCAUGGUCGACGUUCUUGGAAGAUCCGGGCUCUUAGAAGAGGCCGAGGAGCUUAUCUACGAAAUGCCUUUCCUUCCAAACGUUGUGGCCUGGGCGACUCUGCUGGGAGCUUGCAAGAUCUAUCGAGACGUGAAGCGAGCCGAGAGAGCUGUGGAUAGAUACUCGGAGCUCGAUCCAGAUAGCAUCACGCCGUUCGUGCUGCUGGCCAACAUUUACGCUGCUGCCGGCAUGGAGGCCGAGGAAGCGAGCGUGAGAAAGAAGAUCAGGGACAAGAAGACGAAGAACUUUAGAAAUCCCGGGUGGCAGAAGGUUCCCGGGAUAAGUUUGAUCGAGGUGGACAACCGGGUGCACAGAUUCAUAGCGGGCGAUAACGAGCAUCCCAGGAUCGAGGAGAUUCGCAGCGAGCUCGAGAAACUUCACUGCGCGAUGAAAGAAGCUGGUUAUGUUCCAGACACGCGGGAAGUUCUUCACGAUGUUGACGAAGAACACAAAGAGGGAAUUUUGAGUCACCACAGCGAGAAGCUGGCCAUUGCGUUUGGGCUCAUGUCGUUGGAUGAUCGUUGCAAAGAGCCAGUUCGAGUUGUCAAGAACUUGCGAGUGUGCAUGGAUUGUCACACCGCUACCAAGUUUAUCUCCAAGAUCACGGGAAGGAGGAUCAUUGUCCGUGAUGCAAACCGGUUCCACGAGUUUGACAACGGGACAUGCUCGUGCCAAGAUUUUUGGUAGGAAUUACUGAAAAAAAGCGCAAUUUUACAUUCGAAUCUCGAACUGUUUGAUAACGGGUCUUUGCAACUGUGGAUUACUGCUCAUGAAAGACAGGAUUUCUGAUA